GGUGCUUGUGUAUUGCGGUGUUGUUUAGUGACUUUAUUUGACAGAAGAGAAGUGAGAAGUCUGAUCUUACACAGUCUUUUACUGUUUUUAUUACACCAUAUAUAAGGACAAUCAAAAGACUGAGAAUCACUGACUUUAUGGUGAUGUAAGGUGCUAAAUUCCAAAUGAUCGCUAGACGUAGGAGAGUUAACUCUGGAUCUGAAAAUCAUCAGGAACAACAAUACAACACCCAGCACAGUGGGACCACUUUUGUAAGCGGGAGCCCGUCAUCGGCCCCAGCAGCACAUCUAGACGCAGAAAUGUCAUGUCGAGACCGUUCCACAGAGUUUAUGUCUGCAGUGAAACUCCUGCAAUCACGACAGGGAAAUGGAGUUAAUCAUCAGAAACAGAAUCAUGCCCUCAGACAGAGAAGUGAAUUUACACAGAAAGCAAAAGCUGUGGGUAGAGACUUGUCCAACACAUUUUCAAAGCUUGAAAAGCUCACAAUUUUGGCUAAGAGGAAGUCAUUAUUUGAUGAUAAACCUAUUGAGAUACAGGAGUUGACUUACAUCAUCAAACAGGACAUUACCAGUCUAAACAAACAGAUUGCAAUGUUGAUGAGUCUGGCUCGGUCACAGAGCUCUCAAAAUGGCCGCCACUUACAAAGUCAUUCCAACACUGUAGUUGUAUCACUACAGUCAAAACUGGCUUCAAUGUCCACUGACUUCAAACAGGUACUGGACGUGCGAACAGAGAACCUGAAACAACAGAAGUCAAGACGAGAGCAAUUUUCACAACCUGUCGGUGCCACACCAGUUGCAUCAUCAGGAUUUGGUGACAGAAGUCAAUCAGUCUUACUUCAAGACGAAGCCAACCACAUGAAUGGGUCAGCACAGGGUGGAGAUUUCAUUCUUAACAUGGAUGGACAAUCUGUGGAAAAAUCCAAAUAUCAACAGCAAAUGCAGAUCAUUGAAGAACAGGAUUCAUAUAUACAAAGUCGAGCAGAAACGAUGCAAAAUAUUGAGUCUACAAUCGUGGAAUUGGGAUCUAUAUUUCAACAAUUUGCACACAUGGUAAAAGAGCAAGAAGAAACAGUACGAAGAAUUGAUUCAAAUGUUGAGGAAACACAAAUGAAUGUGGAGGGAGCACACAGUGAAAUAUUGAAAUAUUUCCAGUCAGUGACUUCUAAUCGGUGGUUAAUGAUAAAAAUCUUCGGUGUCGUCAUUAUUUUCUUUAUAUUCUUUGUUGUGUUCAUGGCAUAAGAAGCGUCCAGCGAUAUUGUUGACACUCUGCAGAGAAAAUGGUAAUAACAUCGGAUCAUGAGAAUCAUGGAACUUGUUUCAGAUCAGGCUGAGGAUCUUUCAAGUUAUGACUUUAUAUUACCUAAUACAACAGUAAAUUGCCUGGAUGUAUUCUAUCUGAAAUUGAUUUCAUCAUGAUCAGUUAUUCUUCAAACAUCCUAAUAAGUUUUCACCGAAGUAUUAAUUCAUAAAACAUAUACCAAAAAGAAGAAAGGGCAACAUGUUAUGAAAUUUCCUUACACAAAUGUCGUUAAUUAACUGACAGCUUUAGGGAUCAGGAGUUGAAAAGGACACAGAAAUUAGAACUCCUUCAAGGAAAGUAAAUAUUGUUUUAAAAGCAAUAUUACGUCAGGAAGGAAAAUACUAUGUGAACAUUUUUGAAAUAUUAUUGAUACGCCAAUAUAUUGAAUUGGAUUUUUAUUUAUUUGAAAGUUGUAAGUAGUGCAUACAAUGAUGUACACAAGAAACAUACAACUAGACGAUUGCGGUACACUAUGGACCUUCAUGGCAAAUCGUGUACAGACAUACUAUAUUGUGCCAACACGAGUCUUGCUGGUCAAUGUCCAGUGAGAGUGACACUCUGUCCAGUGGUGUGAUGACCAUUGGUCUUGUACAGCUACCUGCUGAACACUGUGAUCAAUCUCAAGGAUGCCUUCUGUAUAUAUGGUAUCCUAUUAUUGAUUUCAAAUUCACAAAUUGUUCUACACAGAGCAAAAAAGAUUGUAAUCUAUGAAAGUUUGAAAUACAAUGUGCAAUCAA